UUCGCGUGCCGCGGCAACUUUGGACGACUUGUGGAGUUGUCGUCUACUUUGUUUGCUUUCCGUGCUAACAUGUGCGGUUUUGAUCUUUGGUGAUAAAUAUUUUACUCCUAGUACGCAACCCUUAAAAAAUAUGUGAUUGUGUGUUGCCUUUUGCUUCAUUAACUAGCUUGACUCGCGCAGGUCCACGCUUCCAUGUUUCAUGCUUACAUGUCGGCUGACAGGCGCUAAUAGCGGGAAUAAGCAUCACGCUGGUUCAUUUCAUAAAGGGAUUCUAGGAUAUCGGUCAGCGUUUUUGAUCACAUGUGAUAUGACAAAUUAGCACUUGUUGUGGAUGAAGACUCGCGCAUCGUCCGCAGAUAUGAGCCACGACCAAGUUCUAAACCAACCAAGGUUUCACAUGUACGACGACGAUGACGAUCACCAGUCUCUGUUUGAGGCGUUUGUGUCGCACACAGCUAAAGAUUUGGGCCCGAUAGAUGAGGACUGGUUUUCCAACGAAAGAGCUUCCCAAUUCUCCGAGUGCAGUGAGUUUAGGAGCAGCGGCAGUAGCACUCCGGUCGCAUCUCCGUGCUUGUCCCGCGACAAAGCUGAGACGCCAGGUUCUCCCGCAAAUACUCCAGCGUCCAGCUGCCGACGUAAUGCCAGCUUCCUCGAGUGGACUCCCCUUUCGCCUUCGCCAGUUGUGUCAAAUGUGUUCAAAACCCCAAAAGUGCCGAAAUCACUUCCACAAAGUCUUGCGGUAAACAAAACCACACCUAGCCCACUCUGGUCACCAUCUUUGGAGACGCCGCCCCAUGGAACUGCUCGGAGCAAAAAGGACGUGAAAGCAUUUGCUCCAAGGAACUUGUUUCAUCUGUCAACUAAAAGCCAGCAAAGUCUGUCAUCGGAAAGCGAAGAUGAUUUCAAAGAUGUUCUAUCUGACAAAGAAGAGAACUGUGACUCCGUGCCUGGUGGCCCCAAGAAAGAGGUGCCCGUACACAAGUCAGAGACACAUAAUGAUAGCCAUUUUAAUUCUGAGGGCAUGCACAAAAAGCAAGUUGAAGGUUCUUGUGAUGCCUUACUGUUGGGCUCACAAAACUACUCAACAUGUACAGACCACAACCUUGUGAAAGUGGCUCCCAUAAGGUACCCCUCUUAUAGGGCAUCACGCUCAUCAUAUGUUGAUGCCGAAAUAGGAAAAAAUGGAGACUGUCUAAUUCCAAACGUUGAUAUAGAUUGUCAGGCACAUCAUUUGACAAUAACUAGGACUUGUCAUAGUCAUGUACAUGACAUGACUGUCAUCACACCCCCAGUUCCCUUCCCGUGUCGUCCAAAGGAGUGCUUAAAGCUUGUUUUAAAGCAAGAGAACACGACAACUGCUCCAUUAGUAUUUUUGCCAUCUGCUGCAACAAGUCUUAAUGCUACAUCUGAGACUCACUCCAGCUCACAUGGCGAAUUUUUCAGUAGCACUUCAAAGGAAUUCUCAUUUUCUGAAGACAAGAGUGAUGGUGUCUUUGGACGAACCGACCUUUCACUCACCCAGAUGUUUGAAGUGGCCGAAAGCACAAUUGCUUGUAUAGAGGCAGCUGAUAUUGGCUUCACUCAGUGUACUACAUCAGGUAGUGAAGCUCUGUCAGACAAUGGCCCUGGCAGCACUACAAACGAAGUCGAAUCAAAGAGGUAUAAAGGCGAAGUCAAGAAAACACCAGGCACUCAGCUACUACCAUUACAUUCUAGAAUCACUCAUGGCAGCAGACCAGCAUUAUCAACAAAAAAAGUUGAAAUUUUUGACCAUCUGGACGUAGAUGGCAAACCGCUCGCCACUGUUGGAGACAGUACCGUAUCAACUAGCUUCAAGACUGGAUCUGGGAAACCAGUUGUAGUACUAGAAUCCUCACUCAGUUCUGCAAAAGGAAUGCUUUCAGUGACUGAUGAAGCAGUCAACAACAAUAGAGAGAGCCUGCUUGCACCAGCAGAUUUGGGCCAAAUGAGAGCCACAACAGCUCAGCUUUAUUGUGAAGCUAGAUCCAAAGCACCAAGCACAGAAUUACUAAAAAAUCCUGUGUCAACACUGCUUGCCAGUGGUCAUGGAAAGACAGUGAAGGACUUGGAUCUUUUAUUAGCAAAGCCAAAAUCUCAACCUGGCCUACUCACAUCAGGCUUUGUGACUGCUGGAGGGAAGCCUGUGUAUGUGCAGGAGGAAGCACUCAGCCGCGCUCAUCACUUCCUCUCAGAUGUUCCUUGUACUUUGGUCCAAGCAGUGACGCAAAGUAACAAUGCACCAACGUUCAUCACAACUGGCACUGGAAAGGCAGUAACUGUCACUGCUGAUGCACUGACAAAUUCAAAAGAACAGCGCAGCUUGUUAAGGUCAGGAUUUAUGACAGCUGGAGGCAAGGCUGUCUACGUGCAAGAAGAUGGCAUCAACCGUGCACGCCAGAUUUUUUCUGAAUCUAUUUGUAAUGUACCUGCUGAAGAAUUGGUAAGAAAUUCCAUGUCUACACUGCCAACUGGUAGCGACAAAAUGGCAGUGAAGCACAUGGGUGACCCUCUAGGGAGCCCAAAAGCUCAGCCUGGCACAGUGAUAUCAGGAUUUGUGAAUGCCGGUGGCAAGCCUGUGUAUGUUCAGGAGGAAGCACUCAGCCAUGCUCAUCAGCUUAGCUCUCAAAGUCCUGCAGAUUCACCCAAAGGAGAACAUCAGAAUGACACAAUGCCUACAUUCUUCACAACUGGCACGGGGAAAGCGGUGACUGUAUCAGUUGACUCGCUGACAAACUCAAAAGAACAGCAUGGCUCAUUUAAAUCAAGUUUUACGACAGCAGGAGGCAAGGCUGUCUACAUACAAGAAGAAGGCCUGAGUUACGCUCGCCAACUUCUCUCUGAAAACAGUUGUGAGGCACCUGGUGAAGAAUCACAACAAAAUUCUCUGUCUACGCUGCUACAUGGUGGUGAUGGAAAGGUGGCAAAGGAUUGGCCUAAUUCGACAACAAAGCCAGAAGCUCAACCUGGCAAGCUUACAUCAGGAUUUGUAACUGCUGGAGGAAAACCUGUAUAUGUGCAGGAAGAAGCACUCAGCCAUGCUCAUCAGUUUCUUUCUGAAGGUUCCACUGUGUCAUCUCGAGCUUUCCUGCAAGAUAGCACUGUGCCAAAAUUUUUCACAACUUGCACAGGAAAGGCACUGACUGUCUCAGCUGACUCACUGGCAAAGUCAGAAAAACAGCAUAGCUCGCUGACAUCAGGUUUCGCAACGGCAGGAGGUCAGCCUGUACUUGUUAAAGAAGAAGCCCUUAAUCAUGCUUGUCAACUUCUCUCUGAAGUUUCCACCAUCAUACCUGAGGAAAGCUUCCAGCAGAACACUGUCCCCACAUUUUUCACUACCAGUUCCGGAAAGAAAGUGCAGGUUUCGGCAGAGUCUCUGAAAACAGCAGAAAUGCUUCUUAAUGAAAAGAGGGACCCUCUGCAAACUGUCCCUACCGAGAAGAACUGUAAAGAAUACAACUUUCUCACAAGACCUGCCGACAUGGAAAAUUCCAGUCAUGUGCUCACCGGCUUCAAGACUGGAUUAGAGAAGGCAGUUUCUGUCUCAAAAAAGUCAUUGUUGAACGUUCGGAGCAUCCUCAGCAUUGAUGACACUGGCACUUCCUUUGGGAGUCUUCGUGGAUCUGAUAGUGCUGAUCAAGCUGUAUCAAAUGAAGGUGAAAGCAUCCAAAGGCUACCUCUGAGUAACAACAUGGUGUCAGAUGACACUAAGAAAGGGCAGAGAGCACUUGAGUCAAAGCAAGACGUGUUGAAUCAGGAGGCAAAGAAUUCUACUCCUACUGAUAAAGGUACCUCAUCUGCAAAUGUCAGGGCAUGUCGAUCAUUGUCAGAAAAAAGGACUCCAGCAUCUGGUCUAAGUAGAUUAGGGCAUGUCGGAACACCCAUGUUUUCUUCGAAGAUGAAAUCUGCAUCUAAGACGAGCUUCAUUACACCAUUCAAGGCGGUUGUUAUGGGCAAGGCACAGACUCCCGUGGCUGCGACUAGGGCUGUGUCUGGUCCACGAACUUUGUUCCAGGACAAGGCAAUUCGGCCCGGAAAACUUUGGAUCCUGCGGAGGGUUAUGAAGGCUGCUCGGCUCUCCCUCAGAGAUGCACUGCAGGGCCAGCACCCGAAGUUUUACUCUUUAGAUCAGUUGAAAAGCUACGGUGUGCUGGAGUCAACUACUGCUGUCAAUGCCCAAAAUGCAGCUGACUUCGUUUUCUACAUCUCUUCCUCGGAUAGCCUUCUGAUAUUGGGAGAUGGCGCCACAAUGCAGCUAGAGUCCACAGAGAUGCACUUGGGAAAGGAUGAAUUCAGCAGGGCCUUCUUCAGCAUGCCUGGUGUGGACACGGACCUGGUUGCUCCAGGAUGGCUGGAAAACCAUUACCGCUGGAUUGUGUGGAAGCUGGCAUCAAUGGAACUGCACUGUCCUCAGGUAUUCGGAGCAAGGUCACUGACACCAGACCAAGUCAUGCUUCAACUUAAAUACAGAUAUGACAUUGAGAUUGACAACAGCUGCCGGUCUGCGCUACGAAAAAUAUAUGAGAGAGAUGAUGUCCCAAGCAAGGCAUUGGUGCUGUGUGUGUCAGCUUUGGAGUACAAGGAAAAUGGUGCUGUGCAGUUGGAACUCACUGAUGGCUGGUACAGCAUACGUGCUGAGUUGGACGAACCUCUGUCGAGACUAGCUUCUACAGGACACCUCUUUGUUGGCCUCAAGCUUCUGACAUCAGGGGCUGAGCUUGUGGGCUCUGCUGAGGCCUGCGCCCCACUGGAGGCACCAAAAGAUGCUGCACUGAAGAUGAGCUACAAUUCAACAAGACGUGCACGCUGGGAUGUUCGGCUGGGUUACUUUGCUGCACCAAGGCCGUUUCGUGUCUCCCUCUCCUCCCUGCACCCCAAAGGCGGCCUCGUUGGAAGAGUAGACUGCCUGGUCAUCCGCGCCUAUCCUGUCAUGUACCUGGAAAUGCUGCCAAAUGGAAUGGGUGUAAUGAGACAUGAAAAGGAAGAACUGAUGGUUGCAGCCAAGCAUGACAAAGUGCGAGCUGCUUUCAUUGAAAAAUUGACUGCUGAAGUUUUGUCUCAGGUGGAGAAAUCAGACACGGAGGAACUACAGCUGUCUGGCAUCCGGAUGUCGUAUUCAGUAAAACAAAUUCAAGGACUGAACUCAGGAAGAGAUAUAUGGAAAGCGAUGCGAAAUUCUUCAGACCCUUCAGAAAUUGAGCGACUCCUAAACGAAGAGCAACUUCGUCUACUGAGAAGCUUCCAGGAGGAACAACUGUGCCAUCGGCAAGCAACUAUUCAGCAAAAACUUGAAAGCGCCUUGCAGACAGCCACUGAUGAAAACAAGUGCCCCAAGGAGAGAGUCGUGAUACCUGUUCUGAAAGUGCUUCUUGGUGGCAUUCACGAGGCAGACUUACGGAAGAACAUCUGCUGCCUGAUGUGUGUAUGGAGGCCAACAGACGACACGCAAGAACUGCUGAAGCAAGGCAAAGCUCUUUCCAUCUACAACGUUAAUGUGACGUGUUCAAGGAAGGUACUGCCUGACAUCCAGAACAGCGCUGUGGAGUUGACAACAACAAAAAUGACGCAAUUCGAGCCAGUGGAAUGCCCCGAUCAUGUUCGCAUUUACUACAUGCGACAGGUGACCAGUUUCCCUGUGCUGCUCACGGAGAGUGGCUCACAAGGCCGAGCUGUUGACAUUGUUGGUUUUGUGCUUCGUGUCAGCCACCAGAAAGAAGGCACUGUGUUGACACUUGCAGACGCCAGGUUCAACUUCGUGCAGCUGGUUGUCGGGAGGAAAGCGUGGGCUGCAGAAGAGAGUGUUGAGAAAGGAGAGUUUCUCUCAGCAACAGAUGUCACUCUCAGGAUGGGUAAUGCAGACAGAAUCGCCACUGUGGAGACGACAGAGUUCUCGGUGUUGACAAGUUCACCUACAAGCAACACCCUCCAGCGUGCCCUUUCAGCUCUCAAGAGCUCUAUAGAGGAUCCAUCAAACUUUGCCACCACUGCUUUGGCCAGGCUGCAGGCUCCAUUGCGCAUCAGCAGUCCGAGCAUUGCACAGAGACCACAGUAUGCUCCUCAGCAAACUACAAAGCUAGCAUCACCUGCAACACCAAACACUGCACCUGUUAGGAUGCCUGGUGCUAUUUCAAGAACUCCCACUGAGCCAAGGCCAUCAGAUGGCACUGAUGGGCUUUUACUGCCAAAGAGGAAAAUUGAAGUGGAGCCAGGUUCACCUGCCGAGGCAUUAUCAAAGCAUGUUCGUUCGAAAAUAGCACUCCUGGAGCGUUACACAGCAUUGGCACCAAUAUCGCUCUUGGUUACUCCACCAUCUGCCAAGGCAAGAGUGCAUUUUCGCAGUGUCAGAGGCAGCCCCAAGAAUGAUCUACAGCAAGACAGCCCCCCAAUGGACUUUGACUAAGAGCAAGCUUCGUUAAAGUGCAUUUGUGGUGUUCCUUGUGGUUCGCGCACUGUGGUAACAGUUGUAUACAUGCGUUUGCUUGUGGAACAUCUCCAAAAUAGUUAAUGUAUUAGUUUUGCCACCACUGUGGUUAUCUUAUGUUAUUGUCUAAGUCAAGAAUAGUUUAUAAUUUCUCACAGAGCUUGGUACGCAUGCUACAGCAGUGACCGCCAAGCUUGAGAGACACUUCAAGAUUUAAUAGUGUUGUGUGUGUGUUUAUGUUGACUAUGUACAGAUUGUUGCAGUUUUUAGACAAAAACAUGCUCUUGCACUUGGAGCUAUGAAAAUUAUUUCUUGAAGCAAGAAUCGAAUAUUUGUUUCUAGCAAACCACCAACAACUCGAUUGCUUGCAAACAGCACAUUCCAGCUAGUUUUAACGACUGUGGUGCUCUGUCACCAAGUUAAUGCACCUAGACCUACAUAGAUAAGUAUAUAUAUAUAUAGUCAUAACAGCUCGCCUAUCAGGCUGUCUUACAGGUUGCUUUCCUGAAAAAGAAAGAUUUCUUUCUCCUCCACAGGAACUAUGUUGCCGAUUUUGUGUGAUAAUUAUAAUUGCAAUAUUAUGGACAAUUCUAUAUUAGGGCCAUUCUCAUGAGCUGGCUGCAAAGUGCAAAACUGAAAAGUACACUAUUUUAGUUGCACACCUCGUGCUGAAUUCCUCAAGUUGUUUUGCAGCAUUUGACUCAAGGGUAUACUCAUUUGGCCGACUAGGUGCAAGACCUGAUAUUUUAUUAAUUUAUUAAAAUUGCAGCUGCUGUAAUAUAACGACAUUGUUGCCACAUAUCAACCAUACAAACGUAUUCUCAUCUGUAGAGCAGGGGAAAAAAAGGUUCCAAUCAUGCAUAUCAAACCUCAGCACUUCAGCAGCUAGUAGGUUCAGCAUUUUUGCCACUCCAGUGGCCCACGAGUUCACUUAACCAAUAACAAGUCCGAAAGCGAGUGCAGUAAAAACACCAUGUGCCGCAUUUGAGAACACUUUACUGCAUUUGAAAGUCUAGCCUGCGCCUCCUCUUACUAGAGGCGCUGGUCUGGCGCACACAUCUGCGUCCACUUGAGUACUUGGAACUGCUCUGCUGA